AUGUGGCGAAAAUGGGUGGUUUUCGUGCAACUUUUGACGGGAUUUAUUGCUGCGGAAAAAGUAGAUAUUGGAAAACUUCAUCCGACUGUUUUCGUUCCUGGAAUUCUCGGCUCUCGAGUUGAAGCAAAGCUGAACAGGACUUCUGUUCCACACUGGAUUUGCUCGAAAAAGGCAGAUUGGUUCAACAUGUGGAUGAACUACGAAAUCAUGGCUCCUCUUGGUGGAACUUGUUGGGUUCAGAACAUGUGGAUGGAGUUCGAUAACGUAACGAAGACGACGCAUAAUCCAGAGGGAGUUCAGUUGCGGCCAGAGUGCUGGGGAGAUACGGACUGCAUUGAGUGGCUGGAUCCACACCAUUUGGUACCACCGGGCAGAUAUUUCCAUGACAUUAUUCAGGCAUUCGUACGAAAUGGCUACGAAGUGAACAACACCCUAACCGCCGCUACAUAUGACUGGAGAAAGUCCGCUUCAGAAUGGGAAGUCGACUACUUUCCGAAGUUACAGAAAAUGAUCGAAGACAUGUUUGCCAAGUUCAACAAAAAAGUUGUUAUCGUCGCGCAUUCGAUGGGGAACCCCUGUUUGCUUUCUUUCUUCAAUAAAAUGUCGCCAGCUUGGAAGAAGAAAUAUAUCAAGCAGUAUGCUGCCAUCGCCCCUGUCUAUCUUGGCGCUCCUAAAUCCCUCAAAGCCCUGAUAAACGGCGAAAACGAAGGAAUUCCAAGCAUCCUAGUGGGGCUUAUUCAGAUGCGUACAAUGCUCAGAACUUUUCCUAGUACGUAUUAUUUGGUGCCAAACAACAAGGACGACAACUGGCCAAAUGAGCACGCAACGAUCGUUUACACAGACGAUCGAAACUACACUGCGACUGUUUCUGACAUGGUCGAUCUUUUCAAAGCCAUGGAAAAGCCAGAUUACGAUUUCGGAGUUGACAUGUACCACAAAUUUGGCCAAGAGCGAGUUCUCAAGGAUCCCGGUGUUCCUGUUCAUAUCUUCUACGGUACAGGACUGGAUACGACCUGUGCCAUGGACUACAGAAACAAGCGUUUCCCUGAUUACUCGCCUAAAGAAUAUCAAUGCUCUGGUGAUAGUACUGUGCCAGAAUGGUCGUCGACAUUCGGCUAUUACCACUGGGCUAAUGCUAAGAAAACGGAAGUGCCAAAAGCAGAUCAUAACGAGCUACUGCGCGAUGAAGAAGUGAUCAACACGAUCUUGGGCUAUGCGAUUGAAGACUUUGAUCCACCACAGCUCAAGAAGAGCAAGAACAAGCUUUAUUUCAAGCCUGAUCUAACUCGUGGAAAGAAGAUUUUCGAGCAGGCGUAUUGGCGAAUUCCUGAAGAAUGA